GGGCCUCCCGCCGAACGGGUUGAGUAACGCCGCCGGCGGGAUACGGAGAUGGCGUAAGGGAGCUGCCCGCUUCUGAGGCGGCCUUUCGAGAGCCUCGGGCGGCGGAGAGGCGCUGCAGGGCCCGCGGCCGGCCGGCGGUUCUCCUCGGGGACGGGAAGAGCCGCGUUUCCUGAGGGGAGCAGCCCGCGGCCUGGGCUCCGGGGAGGGGCGGGAAGGUGCCGGGCCCCUGCUGCCCCCUCAGCCGUGAGGUAAACCAGCCCGCGCUUUUCUCUCCGCCGGAAGCCAGCGAGGGGUUUCCCUCAGGGAAAGGGAGGAAGGGACUUGGGGGGCUUCUUUCCCCCCCUUGGGUCGUGUUGGGGGGUGACUGUCCCCUAAGCGCGCCGAAAGGGAGGGAGGAAAGCUCGUUUUGCAGGGUAGGCCGCCUGCAAGUCCCUCCUUCGCCUUCCCUCGUCCCGCUCGCCGCCUCCCUCUCGCCUCCCUCGCCGGCGGCUCCCGCCGGAGUUGCCCCGGGGUCGGGGGUUGGGGGAGAAGCUGCAGUCCAGCGACGCCGGGAGGGACGAAGGGUCCGACGCCCCCCCUCCCCGACCCCGGCUUCUCCUCCUCCUGUCCCCGUUCCUUGCUUUCGUUUCCUCCUAAUCGAGGCCAAAGAGGAAAAGAGGGGGCGGGGGGAGAGUAGGCAUCUAUAUCUUUUAUAUAUCACGAGGGGUAGACUUCGGUAAUAGGGCGCCCUGAGCCAGAACAAAGUUUGGCGGGCACCCCCCAAAAAUAUAUAUAUUAUAUUCACAAUAAUUGAGUAGGUACCCGUAUAAAUAGAGAUGGUGGUGGUGUUAUUUUGCAUCCCUUUGGUUGUACGCCCGGGGGGGGGGCGUUUACACCUCCCUAAAUCCGACUCUGGUUACACGCAUAUACGUGUGUGUGUAUACACACACACAGAUACACAUACACCUAUAUGUACACACACACACAUAUGUGCCCAACACUUGUCUAUCUCUCUCAGUACCCCCUCCUCUCUCUGGGUCAGACCUUUUCAUAACUUGAGUGAGUGCCAGGUGCAAUUUCCCCCACAACUAAUUCAGUAGGUCUUCUCUGCACCCCCACCCCAUACCUUAUUGUACAGUAUAAGGAAAUUAAUAAAUAUAAUAGAGAAGUAUAAUAAACCUAGAGGCAGGGGGAGAAAGGAGAAGGAAAAAGCAAAAAUAAGAACCUAGCAAACUAGAAGGAUGUGAUCAUGAGGUGGGGUUUGCUAUACAAAGUCUAAUGCUCAUGUUUAAAUAUUUAUUUAUAGGUUGUGAACAAUUAUAAACAUGAAGGUGGCAGAUGUGGAGAAAACCAGUUUUCAGGCCAGACUUAAGAGAGCUGCCAUAUAAACUUCAUUCACACUCUUCACCUUGAGCUUUCACUUCAGGACAUCAGCAUGUGGAACAAGUCGGUUUGUGUGGCCUUGUUGGCUCUGGCUACAGGCUAUGUCUUCCUAUUGGACUCUGAUCUGCCAGAUUCAGUGCUGAAGUAUCUCUCAAGCUCCUUCCUAUAUCAGCUGCAGGGGGAUCUUGCGUCCCCAGAGAGCAGCAUGGCAGCUGCCUGGGAAGUGCUUAUCACCCAGCCGGGCAAACAGUGGAACAGAGUUGCUGUUGGGUGAGUGAUGUCUUAAAUUAUUGUGUAUAGAUCUCCCUGAGUGUUCUUUGGAACACUAGCUAAUAAACGUUUCUGCUAUAGAGCAGUGGUCCUUACAUAUUCUGCUGUGGAGAAACCUGUUUCCAUGUAUUUUUGACUACUGAGGAUCCCCUGCAUGUUUGCCAGGCGAAUACUCUAGGGCACAUAUUAGGGUGCAAACUUCAAUGUAGGACACUAGCCAGUCCUACUGAGCCUUGAUGUUACUUUGUAUAAACUAAGUGUAAACUAAGAGCAUGCAUUAGAACACAAUUCUGUGCGGUUGUGCAUUGCAAGGGAAGGUCAGAUAGUGGUGGGAAAGCUUGUGUUCAGGGAAGUUUUUAAUGUGUGACAUUUUAGUGUAUUUUUGGUCUCUGUGGAAGCCACCCAGAGUGGCUGGGGAAACCCAGCCAGAUGGGCGGGGUACAAAUAAUAAAUUAUUAUUAUUGUUGUUGUUGUUGUUGUUGUUGUGCAAGUUAAAUGCAAGCAAGGAAGUUAUUUUUGUACUGGGUUUUCCCAGCAUGAAAAGAGCCUUUAAGCUCUUUGCCUUGUUUGGAGGCAAGGCUCUCUUGGUGCACCAGUUCUGGGAUGCUUUCACAAGUCCAUCCAAGUUCCCCUGAGAUCUCAUGUGAGCACCCCUAAACUUUCAUAGCCAGUACACUGUGGGGGCCUUGCCCGGCAAACAAGACAGAAAGCUUAAACACUCAGAGGUCCAUUUCUCAAAUACAGAAUUUAUGAAAAAUCUAACUUUCAGCUGCAAUUUCGUACUCUCAUGAACACAGUACGACUUACUUAUGAAUAGACAUGCAUAUAUUUCCAUUGUAAGUAAAUAGUAGCAAUAUGAUUCCUCAGUGUUGUUUGUUAAACUCUACAGAAUACUUAUGUCAAUAAACUGCAAAAUAAGCUUGAAUGCAUGUAUCCUUGUAGAUAUGUUCCUUAAAAAUUAGCCUAGAUUAUAGCUUUUCAUCUUCUGUUAUUGGUAGGGUCAAUGCCUGUGUAGAUGUCGUCCUUUCUGGUGUGAAGUUGCUGCAAGCCCUUGGUCUAGAUUCUGGUGUUGGGCAAGACCACUCAAUCUUGCAUUCCACAAAAGAUUUGAAGGAAGCCUUCAGCCACUUCAUGGGGAAGGGAGCUGCUGCAGAACGCUUCUUCAGUGAUGCAGAGUCCUUCCGCCACAUCGCAGAGACUGCCUCAGCAUAUCCUGGGGCACAGGUACAUUCUCUAGCUUGGAGCAAACUCUAGCCCUCUGUGAUACAUAAUACUUCAUAUAUCCAAUACCUCUUUAUAGCUUCUGUGGUAAAUUGUUUAGCUUUCCCUUUGUUUGCUAUUCUUUCUGCUCUCUAGAGCAGAAGUGACUUAACAUUUUCUGGCUUCAGGGCCACAUCCAUCCCUGGCAACCUUCCAGGGCUUUCAGUUGGUGGGUGUAGCCACCCAACACUUUGCAGUACACGUGCAGGCACACAGCCCCAAUUUACAUAUGCAGCACUGUCUAUUUUAAUUUUGCUUGAACUGUUAUCUAGGCCCCCAAACUGGGAGUUAGCAACACGCCAUAGAACUGCUAAGUAGCCACUCUGUGGAUAUUUUGGGGGGAAGUAUGGCCUUCAGCUGAUGGUACACAUUUUUCAGAAGAAUAGCUCUGUAAAUCUGCAGUAGCAAAAAGACACAAACUGUCUUUUAGGCACAUUGUCUCCAUAAAGAGCUUGGCAAUCAGCCUCAUGCUUCCUUGCUUACUUCUCUCCCCUCACUGCAGGGAAAAGUGAAUCAUUAAGUGAUAGUUGUUAUUCUUAUUUUGGAAUAUUUAAACCAUCAAAAUUUAGCCUUCCUUUAAAGGAUUGUGUGCUCAAAUAACCAUUUCCCCUAUAAUUUUAUCAUUCUUUUUUCCUGUAGUUUGGCAGGGAUGGAGUGGAAUGGGGAAAAUAGUGGACCCAAAGCUCAUAUUUGUUAUGAGUUAACUUUGCUUCAUCAGAUAUAUAAAGUGCAAUCUAAUAAGCUUUACAAAGCUUAUGCUACACAAACUACUAUAUAUCAAGAGCCCUGCAGUUUUUUCAUCUUUUGUAUACACUUAGUGAUGAGCCCUUCUCAAAAUGUCACUUGCAUGCACUAUUGUAUCUUAAUAACACUAUUAAGAAUACUGCCCGGUAUUGUAGAGAUGAAAUUCUGUCUGACAAGAUUGGCCUUGCAAAAUAUAUGUUAAUUAUUUAAAGUUGCAGGCAGCAACAUGCAAAAAAGCUUAAGAAAAAUGAAACUUUUCCAAAGGUUGGAAGGGUUGAAACUAGUCUUUCAAGACAAAGCCACUGCUUCUGGGAAAACCUGUUUCUAAAGUUAGAGUUUCUAGAAUAACUUGUUUUUACUGCUGAGACUGGCAGUAGGCUUUUGACAAAGUCCUCCAUGAGGAAGCUGGUAAAAUGUGGGUUGACCAAGGUAGCCGUUAGGUGGGUUUGUAGCAGGUUGACUGACCGAACCCAAAGGGUACUCAUUAAUGGUUCCUCGUCAUCCUGGAACAAACGUGAUAAGUGGGGUACCACAGGGUUCCAUCCCCGCUUUUGUUCAAUGUCUUUAUAAACUACUUGGAUGAAGGAAUUGAGGGGAUGCUCAUCAAAUUUGCAGAUGACGCCAAACUGGGAGGGGUAGCUAAUGCCACAAAACACAGAACAGAAUUAUAAAUCACUUCAGCGGAUUGGAGACCUGGGCCCAAGCUAACAAAAUGAAUUUCAGUCGGGACAAAUGUAAGGUAAUGCACAUAGAUAGGAAGAACCACGUGUACAAAUAUAAGAUGGGGAAAACCUGACUUACUAGCAGUACAUGUGAAAAGGAUCUAGGGGUCUUAACUGUUUGUGAGAGCCAAGCAGUCAGUGGCCAAAGUGAGUAGAGCAGCCUUGCUGCAGCUUUGGCAUACUAGUAGUUAGAUAAGUGAACGUAUUUAUUCCACUGAUAACUAUGGUUAUAUUCUUGAUAGUACACAUAUAAAACUUUGCAAAGGACUGUGAUCAUGUAAAGAUAUGUAGAAAUUGCAGAUUAAAUGUGUGCACAAAUUUGUGUCUUAACAGUUGUAUGUGGGAGGCAAUGCUGCUCUCAUUGGCCAGAAAAUUGCAACAAAUCCAGACCUAAAGGUAAGAAUAUCAAAUGCCAACCCUCACUGAUUGCCUAUAACUGUAUACCUCCUCUCAUUGGUUUUCCUAUUUAAAAUCCUGAACGUAACAUGUAAUCCUUGUCCCCAUUUUAUCCAGUAAAAAUGCAGGCAUGAUGCAGAAGAAUUUUUCAGUGGAAAAUUUCAUUUUCCUUUUGAUGACACAAACUUCUUCUAGUGAUGCACAUGCUUAUAGCUAUUGCUUGAGGCACUCCGGUGCCAUGCCUGGCUUUUUGAUUAUGCUUAGGCAAUGAGUAGUACAUGGGCAAAGUGCUGGGUAAUAAUGUAUGAAAUAAGUAAAAACAGCACAAGCAAAGGCAGUUGUGCAAGUUACUUUACUAAAGUGUAACUACCAUUGCUUCCUGGCAUCUCUAGCUGAGAGGCACACGUGUGACGUAUGUUACUCUAAUAAAAAAUAAAACCAGGCCUCUGACUAUGAGAAGCAGUAUAUGGCUGAGAAAACAGCAAUUGCAGCUUGGUAGCAGAAUGUGUGGAGCUGCUGAGUGAACAAAUGUGAUUAGACAUACCAGGAAAUUAAAAGAACUUGGAGGAAAGUUCUAAACAAUAUUUCACUUAACUCUUUGGAAGAAGGGGUUAUUACUUCUUUCUUACCUCUAGUAUUGUGCAUAGAGAUGUACUUGGAAUGUCAAAAGGAAUCAAUCUGUAGUGGAAUGUCACUUUUUCCAAGUGUCCAUAUACAUUUGUAUAUGUAACUUAGUGGACCAAGUUAUUGGAACUGUCUGCUUAUUUCAGCUGUUAUAUGUAAUAGUAGCUAUUCAUAUUAUGACAUCAGUAUACAUGGUCUUUUAGAAUAGGGGUGGCCCUCCAGAUGUUCCUGAACUACAAGUCCCAUAAACCCUAGCCAGUGUGGCCAAUGGCCAGGGAUGACCAACAUCUGCCAACCUUGCAGUAGUAGUAAUAACUUGUGCUAUGAGAUAUUGAUAUGCAAAAUUGUUUGUGUGUCUCCUCCCUCCUGCCCGUGUCCCACAUAUUCCUAGUACAAGAAGCUCUGCAUGGCUUCAUUUAUUUUUUUUAAUAGGAAGAACUCAUUGUUAGAGAAGAAGCCAGACAGUGUUCAAACUCGCAUGCUCAUCAGUCCCAUGGAUAGGAGAAAAGCUGUGUUCUUAGUACUUCCAUUUCCAGACAACAUAGAACUCUUAUUGUUGGUGAUAAAGAUGUAGUACUAAAUGUCUUUUAAGCUAAUUCGGAUAUACAGAGAAGCAAAAGACAUGCCCAUUUUCAUAGGAAAGUUGACUUAACAUCUCAACUGUGGACGUGAUCCAUAUCAUGUUUGUAAUUUGCCGUCUAGUGUGGAAAUGUCAUAUUAGGGUGCUUAUUGGUGUAUUGGUUGUUAAGUGAGUUGACUUCUCCCCACCCCCACCCCCACCCCCACACUUGAUGCUCAACUGUUUCUUCAGAAUGGGCUUUGGAAUCUGAGAGCUUGUUACACAUGGUUAUUUUAUUUUGAAAUAUUCUGACAAUAGAACUGUAUGACCAGUCUACACACAUAUUUCAUCUAUUUGGAACAGGACAGAAAAGUGAAUGCAUAGGAAUCCAGUUUAUAGUGUCUCUAUUAGAGUGAGGACCAUCUUGCUGAAGAUUGCACUAAACAGAGAUGAUAACAGUUAACUGGUAUCAAUUGGUUGAUUUGUAGGUUCUGCUGUGUGGCCCAAUUGGUCCUAAGCUGCAUGAGCUGCUUGAUGAAAAUGUAAUCGUCCCUCCAGAAUCAGUGCAAGAAUUUGAUGAAUUUCACCUCAUUUUGGAGUAUCGAGCAGGUAUGCUUUAUUGAAAGAUGCAAAAGGCCCAAAGCUGUACACUGGUACCUUGGUUUACAAACUUAAUCCGUUCCAGAAUUCCAUUCUUAAACCAAAGCGUACUUAAACGAAGGUGUGCUUUCCCAUAGAAAGUAAUGGAAAAUGGAUUAAUCCGUUCCAGGCGAUGAAAAGCAACCCCUAAAAUAGCAAUUUUACAUGAAUUUUACUAUCUAACAAGGCCAUUGAUCAUAAAAUGAAAGCAAUAAUCAAUGUACUGUACUAUAAAAUAAAUAAGACAGGAUUUCAGAGAAUAAAAAUGAAAAUUUAAAAAAAUUCUUACCUGCACUGAUUAUAGUCAUUGUUUGGAUGGGGGGGCUUUUAUCCAUUUCCACAAUCAAAUCAGUCAAUCAAUCAGCAGCUGAACUGGGAUCCACACAGAUCCCCCCCCCCUCGCUGCUGCGGGAAAUGCUCCCUAGAGCGCACGCCUCCCACAGCGGCGGGGGCGGGGGAGUUUCGCUCUGGCGCGUGGUUUCCCCAGACGAGAGCCAGCUGCUUUGUGGGUGUGCAACAUCCCAUGCUGCGGGAGGAGAAUGUUUCCCGAGGCUGGACAAAGGCAGCGUGCGAGCUCCAUCCAACCCGCCCGCCUCUCUUCCCCGGACGUGUUUACUCGGAAGAAAGUGCCAUUAAGUUGCAUGGCGCUUACUCCCAGGUGCGCAGAACGGCGGCCAGCUGGACUUGCCUCCUCCAACUUACUGGGGCGGGCAGCCAAGGCAGCUGUACGCACGCCUCCACAUAGUUCCUGGGGAGCAGCCGCCGCCGUUCUGUGAGCAGAGCGCCUUCCUCCUGCAGCCCGGCCGGGCAGAGGGAACAUUUUCUUGCUGCUGAGCCACUUGGGAGACGGAGGUGCAUGGAAAGGCCACGUGGUUUUCCCAGAGGAGAGCCAGCUGGUUUGCGGGCACGCAGCUUCUCUCCCUCACUGCGGGAAACGCUGUGACAAUCCCUUUCUCUGCCGGACAACGGAGGUGUGGCACUCAAAAUGGAAGUGCACCUCUGACUCUGAAAGGAGUACGUUCGUAUACAAAACAAAAGCAAAAAAACCCCCCACAACCUGGAACACUCAUUUCUGGGUUUGAAAUGGUCGUAAUCCAAAAAGUUUGUUGGCUAGGCUGUUCGUAACCCAAGGUACCACUGUAUUUGUAUAUAUACCAGCAUUAAUGUGUUGUGUUGUGUUGUUGGUGUAGCACAGUGCUUAAGAAGUGAGCUAGCUAUCAGCUGGUAAGUCUGCUUCAGUUUUCAGCUGUGAACCCACUGGGUAACCAGGAUCUCUCGGCCUCAUCUUCCCAUUUGUAAUUUGAGUUUUAUAGUAGUGGCCUACCUUUUGUAUUGUGACCAUAAAGAUUACAGGUGUUUAUGUAUGUACAUUGAGCACUGAAAGAAACUGCUAUAUUAUAUUAUCAGCAUUAGUUUGAAAAUUGGUGCUAAAUUAAAGAAGGCAAUUGCUUAAUGGUCUUCAUGCAUGUUUAUAGCUUUACAUUUUUCUAUGUUGAAGAAUUGCUUGGAAAGCUGUUAUCAAGUGUUGUGUGUUUGCUGUGAGCUGCUUUCCAUAUCAAAACCGUAAUUAGCUUCAUAACAUCAUCUAGGAAAUGUAAUUCUUACUUCUCUUUUUAAAUGUGCUUAGAAAAACGUGACAACCAAACCUGCUAUGGAAUCUAGAAAUAUAAUUUGUAUACUCCCAGUUGUGAUGUUCUUAGGAAGUGAGAGUAUCUAAUAUAGAAGCCCUGAUUACAUUUUUGAAGACACUGCAAGUGCAGCAUUGAGGUACUUUGGUUCAUUGAUGAAGAAUCCCUUGUUCUUCACAAAAUACUGCUGCUUGUUAGUUGUAGCCCAAUAUAGAAUGUGGUUCAGUUAUUUAAAGGUUUGGUUUGAUUCAUCUGAAAUUGAUCCAGGGUCUCUGCUGUCAGUUUUAAGCUUUUAGUAGCUUAAAUUAAAAUUGGACAUGGGAGAUUGCAUUGUGAAGUAGGUGCAUGAGCGAAGGGAGUUCUUGAUAGAGUGAUUCACUCUGGUAGAGAAAGUAUGUGGCUACUGAGUAAUUUGGUUCAACUGCCAUGCUGUGGAGUGCGGGGUGUGGGGAGCAAGAGGUUUGGCUUUGUUUUGAGCAGUGAGGGUAUCCAUGUGACAGAUAGGCAGUUUCCUACUGUGUGAGUCAGUGAUGAUCCUGGCACAUGUUGGUGUCAAGCAGGAGGUUACACCCUGCCCCACAUAGUUCCAGAGUCCAAUGCCAUAUCAAAAAAACAACCAAGCAGCAAGAAUGAGAGCUUGUUUCUAAUACAUUGGAUUAAUUAAAUCAAUCGUAUUUCUUUUUACAAACACCGUAUCUUUUCUGCAAACAGUAGACUGAGUAAAUGGAAAAGCUCCUGUGACAUUUAACUAACUCGUGGUGUCCCAGGAACACUCCACCCAUGUUUACUUGUUAUAAAAUGUCACUCAGGUCCAAGAUCAGACUCUGUGCAAUAAGCCCUUUCAAAUUCAGGAUGAAGCAGUAUGAUGUGUUUUUCCUAAAUAUGGGUACACAAAAUAUCCCCAUUUUGGUCCAGCCUUCUUCCCAGGAGGUUUGGCCAUCUUCUCAGGAAGUUGGGUUGCACCACUUUGGAUCAGUCUCAUUAAUAGUUUCUUUUCCAUUUGUGUUGUCUCAAAUUAUGAGCCCGAGGCUAUGGAUUUUCUGCUCAUUUAGUAUUUGUAAGCCUUCCUUAGAGAAUUUUUUUGGCUGAAGGGCUGCAUAAAAAUGCCAACAACACCACAUACUCACAUAAAUGUGGGUACUGGCACACUAGUGAUCAACAUAUAUCUAAAAAUGGCAAAAUACAAUUGUGAAUAUGACACAUGCUUCUGAAUGGCUGUUGACUUGCUGUUUGCGCAGAAGAAGCAUUUUGGAAAGGAUCCAUGCUUAUUAAAGGGGACCAUAUGGGACCAUUUAAACUUGAAUUGUAUCUGAGUUGAAAUGUGAAUUUCUAGAGAAAUUCUACUGGAAAAGUCUAUGAAGGAAGAAAAAACUGGCAGUGACACCAGUGCACCACACCCAUUGUAAUACAGCACCAAGCAAUCUGAUGCAAGCAGGAUCUUUAUUUCCUAUAGUGAGUGUUGUGAAUAGGUCUGCUUUUAUAAAUUGGUGGUUCUGUUACAGGUUACUUAGUAUGAAAGUAGAAAACAAUAACUUCAUUUUAUUUCACUGUGUGGAAAUUGGUGAGAUGGUUUCUGAUUUCAUUUACCUAGUUUCAUUUAGUAGAGUUUGAGGAGAAGCCCAAUAUGAAAGUUGUGAUGACUUUUGGCAGUGAACGUUGUGCUCCAGAAAAAGAAUUCAGAGCAUUAAGCAGUUACAUAUUUUUUUUACUUGAAAUACAAUGUGAAAAUGACCCAUUUCUGCAACGAGUUUUUGCAAAACUUCUUGCAAGAAGAUAAUCUAGAUUAGAUUGAUAUUUUAUGAUAUUCUGUCUGAAAACUGUAUCUUCCGCUUUAAAUGACAAAAAUGCUGAUUAUCAGAUAUGUUAGCAUGUAGGUGAUGAGUCAUUUUGCUGUUUCUAAACUUUGUAAGUGGGUGGAGGAGUAACCUAAAAUUUAUGUGUUACUGCUGCAAGUGUUUCUGUUGCAAGUGUUCUGGGUGGAGCCUUAGCUUCUUAGAAGUGACUCUUUUUUUAAGUGGUGUAGCUCCACGUGGUACUUCCCUUCUGAGUACUUUAUUAUCUUGGGAACAGUUCAUUGAGUGUGCUGAUUCUUCCUAGAUGCUGUCAGGGUUAGAGAGUGAGGAAAUCCUGUUCUUUGAAGUGUUUAGGUUAACUUACUGGGGAAUAUGCAUUUGUUUGGCAGAGUUCACUGAUUUCAGAUUUUUGUAAACUUGAGGGGGUUUUUUAAAGUUGCUUAGAUGCCACAGUGGUACUGAUUAUAACCCUAGUUUAUUUUUGACUUUAUUAUUUACAUUUCAAGUAAAUUUCUUAGCAGUCAAGCAUAAUCUAAAUUAGAAUUAGAGCUGCCAGUUUUGGAGUCUGGUACUCCUGCUGGAUUUAUGCAGCUUCCUAGGUUGCUGGGUGAAGAAGCAGCAUAAGCUGCAGCAAGCUGCUCUUUUCCAUUUGAACUAGAGCCCCCAAAAUGCUCUUCUUCCUCUGUUUUCUACAGCAUUGCUAUACUCUUUGUCUUUAGUGUGCCUGCAUGUUUCAAAGUGAAAAAUCUAAAUGAUCUUUCUUUAAGUGGAGUUGGAAUGAAACCUAUAACCCAGAAUUCACUUGAUCUUCUUAUAAAUUCCUGGCUUGGUUGGUAGUAAUCGAGAACAUUUCUUAGUUUCUUCCUGUGGCAUUGUGGAUGAGUGAUAACUGGCUUCUUCUCAGAGCAAAUUGAAUAUAUGCUUUGUGAGAAUGAAAUGCUGGGCAUGAUUGUGUCUCCAGUGCACAUUUUAUUUCAAGUCAUCAUUUCUAUCAUGCUUUUCUUUCUAAAAGAUAAUUCUAAAAGCAUUCUUGUGCUCCCAAUUUUGCUUGAUACACAGAGAAUAGGAGCAUGACUGGUUCCCACAUAUUAAAAAAUAAACUGACUCUGUGUUGAAUUCCUAACUGCUAAAAAUGUUAAGAGGAGCCUGCUGGACCAGGCCAGUGGCCCAUUCACUGCAGCAUCCUGUUCUCAACAAUGGUCAAACAGUUGCCUGUGGAAACUGUUAGAAGAAUUUUAAGGUUUUAGAUUUAUAAUAAAUGUAGCAAGCAAACACGUACAUAAAUAUAUAAACCACAUGUCUGGAGCAGCACAGGAAGACAGUCCUGAAACCAUGUUGACUCCCAAACUGACCAAAUGUUUCUCUGCAAGGAGGGAGGAGGUGAAAGAAACCUUCCCAUUGUCUCAGGAAAUAAGUAAUUACCAUCUCAAAGGAAGGGCCAGACUACCAGGAAAGGCAAUCAGAUAAGGCAUUAUCAGAUAACCUGGCAGACAGGAAAAACAACAAAAUUCGAAUUUCUGUUGUAGACCACCUUUUCUAUAAUGCAGAUAUGAUGUAUCUGGGGGGUGGUCUUGGGCUACACCCCUUCUCUGAUGUAUGUAUGAUGUUUCUGGGGUGGUCUUGGACUCCAGGGCAGGCAAUUUAAAAUGUCUAUAUAAGGGCAGGCACACCUUUGUUCUGGGUCCUUCUCCGCUAUCCUGUGUGUGAAGGGAGCACCCUGUUGCAACAGCGUUAAUAAAGAUCAGGCUUACUAGCUGCUUUGUUUCUCAAUAUUCUCUGGUUGGCCUCUAUUAUUUUCUCCUACCGAUGGAGAACCUACAAAGGACUCUAUAAGGGCUCUUGUGUACCCCGUAAUGGAACAAGACCAGAUUUUGUUUACAACAAAACCCACAAGCAGAACUCAAGCACAAGAGCACUUUCCCCUGUAUAUGGUGCCCAAUCCUGUUAGUUGUGCACAUUUAUGCAAGUUGAGCAUGAGCAGAGCUCUCAUAGGUUUGGCACUUGGAAUUUACAGGGGGAGCAGAGAGAGUUACAGAGAUGAGCAGAAAGUGUGGGCGUCUUAGCUACUGAUUUUAUAAAGCUAUGGGUGGGGUAUGAUUUUGCUGUAAUUUGUGGAAUUCAGUAAGGGGCAUCACCUCUUUCCCCAAAAUUAUAGCACUGCACUGGAUUGAAAUGCCUGUAGAUUGUGGGUUUGCUCCAGUAUAGACAACUGUCUUAGUAGGCAGCCCCUGAAAUUAUGGCAACAACCAGAUGAUCACAUUUCUUCCCUCUUGGCUAAAAACAUUCAUUGCAAGAGAAUCAAAAGAGAUAUGUGUUCAGGGGUGCAGCUGCUACACAAACACAUUUGCAAAUCUGGGCUUUGAAAGAAUCAAAGCUGCCAGUGUUUGGAUUACUGUAUCUGAGAUGGAGAAAGGAGAGAGAUUUCACUUCUUUAAAAAGGUCUCUUGAAAGAGAAAAAAAUGCAGCCAAUAUUGCCAUGUAAUUAUUAGGAUAAACCCAGCUCCGAAACCCAGGUUAUUGUUCAUUGAUCCACAUUAAUUUAUCUCACAUUUUGUUGUUCAGCAUAGAAUUUUCCCUCAUGCCCACUGAAGGCUGCAGCUGACUGUAGGAUUCAAAUCCUCUCAAGAUUGUGAGGAAUUCACGAGCUGUGGCUAAAGGGAUAGCACUCUGCUUUCAUGUUAAAUUACUAAUGCAUGGCAGUUCAGCAGGGCAUGGCUUGCUUGCAUAUUCUUAAACAGCAUCUCUUGGAAAUGCCUUGGGCUUCAAACAAUGUGGCUUCAUUCAGCAAGGGUAGAGGUACUUAAGAAUCAAAUUGUUGAACUAUUGAGACUUAGUGGGAGUCUCAUGAAGGGGACACAGCAACUCCCCUAUGAAGAAAGGUAGCAGUGUUUGGGACUUCUUAGUUUAGAGAAAAGACAAGCGAGAGGUGACAUGAUAGAAGUUCAUAUAUGAUGCAUGGCAUAGAGAAAGUGGAUGGAGAAGCCCCCCCCCCAUCUCAUAACACUAGAACUUGUGUACAUCCAAAGAAGUUGGAUAAUUCAGGACAUAUAAAAGAAAGCACUUCUCCAUGCAGUGCAUAGUUAAACACUAGAACUCGCUCUCACACAAGGCAGUAAUGUUCUAACCUAGAUGGUUUUAAAAGAGGAUUAGACAAGUUCCUGGAAAACUGGGCUGUUGACAGCUACUAGCCAUGAUGGCUAUGCUCUGCCUCCAUAGUUGGAGGCAGCAAUGCUUCUGAAUAUCAGUUGCUGGAAACCACAAGAGGGGAGAAUGCUGUUGUACUCAAAUCCUGCUUGUGGGUUUCUCAAAGGCAUGUGGUUGGCCACUGUGAGAACAGAAUGCUGGACUAGAUAGUCCAUUGGCCAGAUCCAUUAGGCUCUUCUUAUGUUUAAAUACUUCAGUUUGUAAUAGUGCAUUGAGUAAUGUGGUGUGGAUAUUUGUAUCCUGCAGGAGAACGCAGAUGGGGAGAAAUAAAACCCACCCUACUUGCUACUCUGAUGAAAGGUCAAACUGUAAUUCAAUGGCCUAUCUAUAUGGAUACCAUAUAAUUGUGUGUCUUUUGGGGGUAUUCCUUAGGUGAAGAGUGGGGGCAGCUGAAAGCCCCGAAUGCCAACCGCUUUAUCUUCUCUCAUGACCUAUCUAAUGGGGCCAUGAACAUGCUGGAGGUAUUUGUGUCCAGUCUGGAGGAGUUCCAGCCUGACUUGGUGGUCCUCUCAGGUCUGCAUAUGAUGGAGGGACAGACAAAGGAGAUGCGUCAGAAGAGACUCCUAGAGGUAAGAGCGCCUUGUUCCCUCAGACUUAUAAGGCAUUCCAAGGUGCACUCCGUUGGUCCUUUUGUCACUGUGCAGGGCAUUAGGUACAGUCAUUGCCCUACAAAGGACUUGUUUUUAAUUUUGUAGCACUCUAGGAUAUGUGUGGGCCUCUGUCCACUAGCUCAUUUACUGGGCAAUCCUAUACAUGUCCACUGAGAAGUAAGCCCUCAGGGUUCAAUUAGACUGUUGAAUUCCAUUAGACUACUUUUAUGGGAUUGCAGCUUUAUAAAUAUGACUACAUCUGCAGCAUAUAUAAUACUGUACUUUUUAUCAAGGUCAUUCUGUCUCCACCCCCUUUUUUCCUACUAUUAAGUUUUUUCCUUUGUUUUCUGCAGGCUGUAGCUUCCAUCUCUGACAUUCCCAUGGGUGUACCUGUACACCUGGAACUGGCCAGUAUGACUGACCCAGAACUUAUGAGCGCAAUCAUUCAUCAGGUAACCUAAAUGGCAGGGUAUGACCUGUACCUCAGACUUCUAGUCAACAAACUUCUUGUACUCUCCCCAAAAAGUCUUGCCUCACUAAUCUGUUAGUCAUUUGAGUCAACAAGCAGACAGAGGUGAUCAAUUGGAAACUGUGUAUUUAGACUUUCAAUAAGCUUUUGACAAACUUCCUUACUACUAAGCUUAGCAGUCAAAAUACAUAGUCCUUUGUGGAUCAGCAGCUGGUUAAGAAACAAGAAAUAGAGAGUAAGAAUAAAUGGACAGUUUUCUCAAUGGAAGGGUAUAGCAAGUGGAGUAUCCCAAGAAUCCAUAUUGGGACCUAUGCUUUUUAACUUUUGCAUUAAUGCUCUAGAGCUAGGGGUGAGAAAAGAGGGAGCAAAGUUUGUUGUUGAUAACAAAUUGUUGGAUUGUGGAGAACUUCAAAAAAACACCUCCUAACUGAGGGAAUGGGUGGUAAAAUGGCAAAUACAUUUCAAAAUAAGCAUGUAUAAAGUGAUGUCCAUUGCAGCAAAAUUAUAUGUAUAAAUUUCACAUAUGUAUUCUUGAGAUCUGAACUGGCCCUGACUGACCAGGAAUGAGAUCUUGGAGUUUUAGUGGAUAGUUUGAUGAAGGUGUCAGAACAGUGUGUUGCACCUGUGAAAAAGGUGAAUGCCACGUUAGGGAUCAUUAGCAAAGCAGUUGAAGAUAAAACUGCCUGUAUUAUAAUGCUGUUAUAGAAAUCUAUGGUGUGGCCACAUUUGGAAUUCUAUGUAAAGUUAUGUUUGCCUCACCUCAAAAACAACAUUGUAGAGCUAGAAAAGCUUCAGAGAAAGGCAACCAAAAUGAUCAAGGUGAUGGAGCAACUCCACUAUGAGGGAAGGUUACACUUGUAGCUUUUUAUUAAGAGAAAAGGCAGUAAGAGGGGACGCGAUAGAGGUAUAUAAAAUUAUGCAUGAUGUGGAAUAUGGAUAUAAAAAAGGUUUUUCUCAUGAUAAAUUAACUUGGCCCAAUCAAUGAAGUUGAAUGUUGGAAGAUCAAGGACAAAGUACAUCUUCACAUCUCAUAAUUAAUUUAUGCAGUUUGCUGUAUAAGAGGUAGCAAUGGCCACCUACAUGGACGGCUUUAAAAGAGAAUUAGACAAAUUCAUAGAAGAUAAGGUUACGCUCUACCUCUUCUGCCAGAGGCUGUAUGCCCCUGAAUACCAGCUGUUGGGAAUUGCAGAUGGGGAGAGUACAGUAGCACACCAGUUCUACUUUUGGGUUUCCCAUGGGCAUCUGGUUGGUCACUGUGGGAACAGGAUGCUGGAUAGAUGUGCCUUUGGUCUGAUCCAGCAAGGUUCUUCCUACGUUCUUACGUUACGCUAGCUUUGCAUGCACUGGUUCCUAUAUGUUUGUCAAAGCCUAAUCUAAAAAUUGGACUCCCCUGAAGCCAAUCUGUCACUUGCUCUGUUUGUUAGCAGGUCUUCCCUCUUGUGAACUCAGUUGGUUUGAAUGAACAGGAGCUACUGUUCCUCACUCAAGCAGCCUCUGGACCACAUGCCUCACUGGCUUCCUGGAAUGGUGUCCCAGAUGUGGGUGUUGUCAGUGACAUUGUCUUCUGGAUCUUGAAGGAACAUGGAAGGACUCCUGGGAAGGCAUCAGAUCUUACUCGUAUCCACUUUCACACUUUGGCCUAUCACCUCCUAGUUACUGUGGAUGGAUAUUGGGCCAACCAGGUGGCAGCUGUUGCUGCUGGUGCAAGAGUAGCAGGGACACAAGCUUGUGCCACCCAAACCAUUGAUGCCAGCAGAGUUUUCCUUAAAGCGCCACUGGAGUUUGCCACUUCUAAGAUGGAGGAGGCCUCUACAGUCUCCUUAAAUCCCCACGAGCCUGUGUCAGAAUGGCACAGGGAUGGGGUAACAUUCCAUUACACUCCUGUUCUGGUGUGCAAAGAUCCCCUGCGGACCGUUGGCCUUGGUGAUGCCAUUUCUGCUGAAGGACUUCUUUAUUCAGAAAUCUACCCUCAUUAACCUGUGGAAUUAAGAUACACUCCACACAAAAAUUGAACCAUGCAGGCAUGGGCUAGAAGUUAGCAUUUAGUAGAAAGCCAAAGAAUAAAAGUUAGGCACAGCUCAGCUGCUGCGUGUUGCUACAGGGAUGUCUACAAUUAAAUAGUGAGGUAUGACUUGUUAGAUAUAUGGGCUGCCUUUUGCCCAGAAUGACAACUUAAACCAAAACAGCUUCUGCUUUAAGUAAGCCAGUCUUAUUUGCGGUAACUUAAAAAGCUGGGAGCUGAAAGAAGUUUGAUGUGACUAGCUAUCACAGGAAGGUUAUUUUGGUCUUUUACACCGUCAUAUUUCUGGGAAGGCAAAGGUAAAAGAUAAUUGUGUUACCUCUUAUCACAUUCCGAACAUGGCAAGAGCCAUUUUUUUGUUUGGUAGUGGUGGAAUGAAAAAGUAUAGCACUUGGGCUGCACCAUGCCAAAGGGAACACUGUCCCAAGUGAAUAGUACAAAAGAUUGUUCUGUAAGCUCUACAAAUGGGAGGUAGGCAAGAUGAAAGCAUCAUAAAUUGUUCUGCGGCAAGGAAAGGAUGCUGAAUGGUACCUUUUUUCGACCUCAUGAAGUGAACAUCAAAAUAUUGAGAGUGUGGCAUUUUGUCACAUGUGCUUCCUCAGCUAGUGUAUGCUAAUUUUGAUCCUCUGUUUUGUUUUAUUGCUGUCAGGUUAAUCUACUUUUAAGACAGUUGCAUACCAAAUGCUCAUGCACACAAUUAUUUUACCUCUCAAUAGCCUCUUAAGUAGUGACUUAGAGAUCAUUACUAUGAGUGAGAGUAUACAAUACAAUUGCUGGUCUGCUUAACAAGUGACAAUUAGUCUGGGUCAAAUUCCAAAGAAAUGUAAUGUACAAAACCUGAAAUGACUCCUAACAAAUGGCAUAAACAUAAUUUUCAGUGGAGAAGAGGCUAGGGACCUGGCACAUUCUACUAUUCCACGGUUACUGUAUUAUUCUGCAAGGUUAUGUGGAGCUGUGAUCACAUGAUCAUUGUAAGUGUUGCUCAUAGCACAGGAAAUUCCAUUGAGCUGGUUGUGUGUGUAAAAUCCAUAUUCAUUUCUGUGUACUUACGCAUAGCAAUAGAACUAUAUAGAAUCUGAGAUAUGAAAUUUGACUUCAGGAUGAGGACAAAAUCUGGCAGUGAUGUACUACGUUAGCAGAGUGUUGGGUUUGGAUGGGAGAAUCCACGUGCAAAUCUGUACCCAGACAUGGCUCUCCCUAGGCUUUUAUCUUUGCCUAACCUACCUCAUGGGCUUGUUGUGAUGUUAAGAACUGUACUAAGCCUCAGAGUAAGGGUGGGCUACAGUAGUAACAAAUGAUGAAACUGAAAAUUCCUAGAAUGCCAGUAGAUAUGAUUAAAACAGGUCAGGGUAUGAUUAAUGCUGGUAGAUCUGAACAGGGCUUAAGGUAGCUACCAAUGCCUUUACAAUUAAGGAACAUAACAGGAUCUGCAGGACUCCAUCUGAUUAGCACAGAUUUUCAUUAGUUUUUUACAAUGUGGUGCUAGCUGAGGUGAGCAGAAAUUUUGCACUGUAUACGUAAUAUCUUCCAGAUUUUGUUGUCUCUUAAGGUCAAACUAGAUGUUACUUCAAAUGUUUUUAAACCUGUGCUAGGGGUUCUGUGUGUGUCUUCUACCAAAAGCAGUGGUGGGGCCUCUUGAGUGAGAAUCAGGGAGGAUGACUUCAAUUCUUCCAGCGCUCUGAGUGCCAGUCUUGCUGAAAGUUUUCCUUUGCUGCAGAUAGUGGUCUGGAGACUGGGUGGGGGUGGGGGGGCAUUCUAUAGAAAAAACCAUCAAAAGGACUUUAUAAUAAGGGCUGAUAAGGUUUGAAUUCAGAAUUAGAAUUGACAUAUAGGUCUUGAACCUGAUCAAGGAUGUGUUCUCACACUAAAAGUUUCAAAACAGUGGCUUAGGGCAUCCUGACAAGUUUUACAUCAAGGUAUAAUGCUUGUUGCUCAAAUUGCUUUUUCUGUCAGCCCAGGGGUAGAGAACUGUGAAGGGUGGUCUCUUCUUUACUACUUCAGUGCUGCAUUUAAAGGCAGUAGCAACAGAUGAUCCAUGCAGUUAGCUGCUGAAGAGUUGUUAAAACAGAGGUGGGGUAGCAACUUCAGGUGGAGAAGUAGCAGUGCAGGAACCAUUCCUCUGCUUUCUGUUCUCUUCACUGCUUACCCCUGGCUAUUUUCCUCUUAGCCAGGUUUAUAUCCAAAUAUUGAGUCUUCAUAAGAAAAUAAGAGGAAGUGAUGGAAAGCUGUGGGCAAAGGAAAAGUUCAGAACCUUUGCUCAGUGGUGGAGCACUCAUUUUGCAUGCAGAAGGUCCCGGGUUCAGGUCACUGGCAUAUUCAGAUUAAAGGAUUUAGUGGUAGAUAACGAGAAAUACUUUGAUGCGUCUGAGACCCUGGAGAGCUACUGCCAGCCAGCAUGGACAGUACUGGACUAGAGGGACCAACUAGUCAGACCUGGUUCAAGACAGCUUCCUAUGUUCCAUUUUCCUCUUCAUCUGGAACUGACAUCUCUUCCCCUAUUUAUACCAGUAUGGUAGAGAACUUUGAUAAUACAGAUGUGCUACCAUCUCAGCUAGUUUUGUCCUUAGUCAAUUGGCUUCUCUUGGCUCUUUGCAGCAGAGUAGGCCUCACUUGAGUGUGCCCCACCUGCAGGCAUUUUGUUACCCAGCUGCAGGCACUAAGAUGCUAGCUGUGUCUAUUUACACUCAUAUGCUUGCUGGCAUAAAUCCAAGUACAGAACGUCAGUAUAACACUCUUACCAAAACAUCACCUUGCAAAAGUGUUGCUUCUGUGUGCAUGAAUAGUAUUACCAAAAAGGACUCCAAAGGGUUGCAGUAGACCAUGGGCUGUGCUUUGCUUAGAUGAAGGUUUAAGAACAGGGAGCUUGACUGUACUACAUAAUCAUGUUCUUGUUUCUGUGGGAAGGGCUUCUGACUUUAGACAUCUCGGAACAGGUCACUAGGAAAGCAUGUUAGCAAUCCUGAGCUGUAAGACUGAAGUAUUCUCUUUGCAUUUGCUGCUUUUGUGAGACAAAUCACAGUGGUUAAAUAUGCAGCUUUAUUUUCCAGGUUUUGCUGUUGAGUUUAGGGUGUACUGUACAAAGCACUAUUGUAGAACUUGUUUUCAUUCCAUAAACGAAGUAAAUGAAUGGCAGCUAUACAGCAGUGGUGCUUGUUGGGUUUUUCUUAGUUCCUUUGCUCUUCGCAAAACUGUAUCCUAAUUAGAUCCACAUGUCGUUAUUUAUUAUCACACAUAUUCCAGUGGUGACAGCCUCCAUUUGUACAUGUGUUUCUCUACUUGAUAUGUGCGGCCUUGGUAACCUUAUCCCCCCCGCCGCUGCCGCUCUUGUUAACACAGGUUUAUUUGAGUUCAGUAAUUCCUACCUGAAUCAAGAGUGGCCCUGGGUAGAGGUGAGCCUACUUCUGUGCACUCUUGUAUUUUACUCACCCUUUUCAUUAGAAAGGCAGAAGGAACAUGGAACCCAAAGUCCUCUCCUACCAGCUAGAAGCCGAAGCCUCAAGUUAAUUGUGUCUAAGAGUACCUGUAAAAAAGAUAUUUGAAUGCAUUGGUUUUAGUACUUCUCCUGAACACCUGGACACUGCCUACCCCUUUCCUCUGCCUGCGGUGCUUUCCUGUAUACAGAAUCAUAGAAUUGUAGAGUUGGAAGGGACUCUGAGGGUCAUCAGUUGCUAUACUAAUAAAUUGUUUUGUUCAGCCUACGGAAUGAGCCUAUCCACUUGGCCACAAGCCAACCCAGCUUUAACAGCAAUAACAAUGUGAGUGCCCAGUGCCAGGGCCUCUUACCAAUGGGUGAUGUGAGACAAAGUCUUCCUUACAACUCUCCUUGCACUAGGAAAAUAUUCUGUGAAGCAGAAUACUGAAGCAGGUUCAUCCUCUCUAUAUCUGAAACCCUAUGGAUAGAAAGUAAAGCUUUGCUAAGAGUUCUAGCCUGUUCUUUACACCCAGUUGUUUCUUUAAUGUGACAGCUAAAGUGAGCUUUUUGCUCUUCUGAAUGGUAUAGUUUCUUGCCCACAUUGUCAAAUUGGAACAGCUCUCUGUCCCACCAGAAUUCUCAGGGAGUUGCUGACCCCAGAAUCUAACAUGGGAUCAGAGGCUUCAGAAACCAAGCUCCUGUCGUCUUGGUGUCUGGCACUUGCUAAUACAAAGGGUGGCGAAAGUCACCUGUGCUGUGCAAGCUACACUUCCUGUUUUCUUCUUUUGUAAAUAGCAGGGAUAGAAUAGGUGUCUUUUGCAAGAGCUAAAAAUCAUCCUUGAAAGCAAGUUCUCAAUAACUUCUGUUGCCAAAUUGUUCUGCCUGUACAAUUCCUAUGAAAAAAAGUAUUUCUGGACAUUGUGUUCUGUUUCAAUGUAUAUGAUUAUUAAAACCUUAAGACUCUGGUGUUACCAUAAAACAUUCCUUUUGCAUUUAG